AUGGCUGAUGUUCAGACAAUGUGGUCGCUUGCCGUCGUUUUCUUUGCCAUCCAUUUGAAAUUAUGUGGCUCUCACUUCUCCCUGGACGCGGACGCCUGGCUUCGAUUUUCAGCGUUGCCUGGGCGUGAGAGCAAAACCAUUGCGGCGCAAGCCGUAGCAGAGAGUCGGAGCCGCGUGCUCAUCGUGGCGAUGCGGUUCGUCGGCGUGCACGCAACCUGGGCAUUCGCGCUAUAUUUGGGCUACAUAUUUGAAAGGGAAAACAGCGUGAGCAGUGGCAUUGCGCUCGCGGCAGUGUUAUUCUCUUACCCAAUGCUUGUAACGGUGGCAAACGAGAUGGUGCAGCUGACUGCAUUCUGGCACAUGAUGAUCCACCACUUUAUGCACUUCGCUUUAGCGGUAGUGUACAUUGCAACCGCGCAGCAAGGUGGCUCAGAGGACUGGGCUUUGGAUGGCAUCAUGGUUGGGAGCCGAUUCCUUGUUUCUGCUGUUUCUGUUCGUUCGAGGCUGGCGUUUCCCUGGCAGAUUGUGAUGUCUGCCAGUCUGAUUGCGCUGCGCCCAACCCCAGCCUGGCUGAUGCGUGAGCUGUUUUUGGCCGUGUUCACCACGUUCGCGUGUGCCAUCCUGGAAUUUCUCCUCCUCUCCCGCCUGGAAAUUCUCCUGGAGUCCGUCGACACCGAGUUGAUGCUGAACUCCUGUAGCAGGCUACUGCGUGGAGUAUGUGAUGGUGACAUCUUGUUGGACAACCAGAUGCAAAUCCACAUGCCAUCCCAGUGUUUGCAACGCUUGCUUUUGUCGAACAGCUCCUACCAGGGGCGAGACUUCGAGGAAUUGUUGGACGCGCGGGAGCGCCCCGGUUUCAAAGAGUUCCUGCAGAAGUCCACGCUAGAAGCACAGGAGGGCUUGGACGGCUUGCCCAGGUGCUUGAGGGCCUCCUUGCGGGGGGCCAACAACAUCUGGGUCUCUGUGGACCUUUUUCAUGUGCCGGUGCUGCAGGCCGGGGAGACCUACCACCUGCUCGCCUGCCGCGAGGACACGGACCUCCGUGCCUCGCCGGACGCGGACCUGGCGCCGCUGAGCGCCGCGGCCGCCGAGUCCUCCUGCGGAUUCAGCGCCUUGGAGCCCCCAGCGUUGGUGGACCUGCAGGAGCUGAGUCUGCUGUUGGACUCCUCCACCCAGUUCUUGGAUGUGAAGCAGGCGCACCUUCGCUUUGACUGCAAGGACCCCGCGCAGGAGCCCCGCAUGCCUUCUUUGCGCGCCUUGGUGCGUCCCACGGACUGGGAGACCAUCCGCUCCCAGACCUUGAAGUACAAAGGACUGCUGCAGGAGGAAGGGGCCUACAAGACGUUUCAGAACUGGCACCUCAGGUGGCCAGGAGAUGAAGGCUACGCAGUGGCCGGCCAGGUUACGCUUUUGCACUCCGUUUCAGGAUCCAUUGGAUGCAGCUUUCUGAGGGAGAACUUCCACACCAAAGUUCUGCAAGGCCUACAUGAAACAUAG